AUGCUGGCGGCAGCAGCGCUGUGCGCGGCCGCGCUGGGCUGCGCGGCGGGGGCGCGGCUGCUCAGCGCAGUGGACAUUUCCCUCAGAAGAGGGCAGACGGUUUGCAGGCGUGGCACGCAGAAACCCUGCUACAAAAUCGUUUAUUUCCACGAUGCCUCCCGCAGGAGCAGCUAUGAGGAAGCUCACCUGGCCUGCAGGGCUGACGGGGGACAUUUGCUCAGCAUCGAGAGCCCGGCAGAGCAGAGGCUGAUUGAAUCCUUGAUCAGGAGCCUGCUGGCUUCCGACGGAGACUUCUGGAUAGGGCUGAGGAGGAGGAAGGAGGAGGAGGAGAACAGCACCGAGUGUCACAGCUUCUACUCCUGGUCAGAUGGGAGCUCGUCCCGAUUUCGGAACUGGUACGCGGACGAGCCGUCGUGCGGGGGCGAGGUGUGCGUGGUGCUCUACCACCAACCCUCUGCCCCGCCCGGCCUGGGGGGGCCCUACAUGUUCCAGUGGAACGAUGACAGGUGCACCAUGAAGAACAACUUCAUCUGCAAAUAUUCCCUGGAGAAGCCAACAAGAGCUCCAAUAGACAAUUCCCGAAGAGCUGUGGCAACAGAGCCCUGGAAGGCAAAAUUCCCAGAGGAACGCUGGAGGAAAGGUGCCAAUGGAACAGCUGGGGGAGCCAAAGAACCUGUUCAGGGCCUUGCCUUCAUCCUCAUUUCCAGCAUUCCUGUGCUGCUUCUCCUGAUGGCCAUCACAGGCAUCUCCUGCUUUUGGCUGUCCAUGAGGAGGAGACAGCAGCUGCUGGAUGUGACCCCGAAGGGUGACGAGCCCUGGCUGCCCCAGCCCAGCCCCGAGCUGGACAUCUACAGGGUGAUCAACAAACAAUCCGAAGCUGACCUGGCUGGGGCCAGGCCUGGCACCAAGAAUUCCUCCUUCCGUGCCCACGAGGGGCUGCAGAGCCCCUGCAGGGACGCCGAGGACACCUCCAGCAGUGGCUUGGUGACGCUGGCCAGCGCGGAGAGCGGCUUUGUCACCAACGACAUCUACGAGCUCUGCGGGGACCGUGUGGGCAGGAGCGAGGAGUCCAGCUGGGUGGACAAUGAGAUUUAUGGAUACUGAGGAAAUGGACCCAAAAAAAAACCCACUGGAGUUUGGAUUUCGGGUGUCGACACGGGUUGACUUGCCCUCUCUAUGCACUUGUUUAAUAAUGGUGUGUGUGGUGUCUGGCCUGGUUUUGCAUUGUGCCCUUGUUCUUCUAUUUUCUGCAAGAAUAGGGGUUUUUAAAGAUCCAAACUGAAAAGAUUUUGCUUUGCACCAAGCCCCCUUUGCCCCAGGAAUGGCUUGUUAAUACCCUCCAUUCCUUUUUGUACCAAAGAUAUGCCUUGAAACUGAAGGACAAUCCAAAAUCCUUAUUUAUUUAUAGACCUCCUCCUCCUCAAAGGUGCUAAAAGUUCCUGUGAUGUUUGAUCCUGCUUUCCUGGAGAUGCUGAACAUGGCAGGUGGGGAAGGAAUCCCUUGGUUUGCUUUGCUUGUGUGUGAGACUUCCACUGUGCCUAUUAAAUUUCUUUAUCCCAACCCAUGAGUUUGUCCAUUUUUACUCCUCCAGUUCUCUCCCUCAUUCUGCUGGAAGGGACAGAGACCAAGAAGUGGAGGGGGAAUGAAUGACCAAGCAGGCAGGAACACAAAUAUUUCACACAUUUUGUUCUGCAGGUGAUUUUCUGGCUCCAGGAGAGCAGCACUGCUGCAGAACAGAACUGUGAAGCGCCUAAAAUGUGUUUUGGUUGCCUAAAAGUUUGCUGUUCUCCAUUGCACGUCAAUAAAUAAAAAGGAAAAUGAAAAGAAAAUAAAAAUCAUAAGCUAGGAGGAAACAAAGGUUUGGCAAAAAGGUGUUUUAAAUGUGGCUGAAACAACAACAGGACUGAGUGCAGGCAUAGCCAUGAAUCUCUUCUGCCAAAAUAGGCAGGAAGAAGUUUUUAGAUCUCUCUGAGCUGUUGCUGGCUGCUGCAAACACUGAAAUAUUCCAGUUGUCACAGCUGCUUCUCACUUCCUAAAUGUCCCAGGUGCUGUGGCUGCAGUGUCACAGCGGCUGUUCCCCCACCAGGACAUGGGGCAAAUAAAGCCCUGAAAGGAGAAAUCCCUUUAAAAAAAUAAAUAAUCUUCUAACUGUUUUGAAAACAGCAUCGAGUGGGCAACAAUUUCACCUGAAAAGCAAAAUCCUGGUACAGGAGAUUGGUCAGGGCUGGGCACUCACAAUAUCUGGAAUUUCUAAUGCAGUAAUUAAUGCAAAUCAAGCAAAAGUCUGUCCAUUUUUAAUCCUGUAUUCCCGGUCUCCUUAUUUUUUUUUUUUUCUUUUUGGCAGCUAUUAAGCAUCUUUUAGGCACUGAAAAAGAGGAAAGUGAUGGGGAGAACUUGUCAGAUGCUGGAGUUCAGCUGUGUAAAGCCGCAUUUUGGCAGCCAAAGGUGUGAUCCGACCUCUUGAGCCGCCCGUUGGGCUCUGGCAGAAUUAUUAAAGCGAUGAAAUUUUAUAAAUCCGGCAGUUUUGACACCUCCUUUGGGGCAUCCCAGCUGCGGGAGGAUUUGCGGGAGCGGCGACCACACGAGGGCAUGUGCGCUCCACGUUCGUGUCCUGGAAAAUCUGCUCAGCCCCGCUUUGGGAGGGGUUUGAAUCCCAUUUCCUUGGAGCAGAGCAAAAAGCAUCAGCGGCCGCUGAAAGCUGCCCUGCAAAGGAUUUUUAAAUUUUUUUUUUAAUUUUUUUUUGUGGGUGCAGUUCCUCUCGCUGCGUUUUUAAGCCGUGUUUUUGUGACCUGAACUUUCCGGCUUUGUGGUGGGGUUUCUGCAGGAGUUUUCUCUUCCGAGCACCAAAAUCUGGCUCAAUCAUUCAUUCAGGAUGAAGAUCAAAAGUGAGCAGGAAGCAAAUAAACGUUUGCAGGCUAAAAAACUUCAUUUAGGCUGACGUGACUGAGAAGGAGCAUUAGGUAACAUUCUGUAGGGGAAAAAAGUCACUUUUGACUUUGGAUGGGAAGAAAAGGUGAAAGAGGAGUGAAAUUUGGCAAGUGGCAGCUCGGGAUGACACCAUUUGCUAUUCAAAGAGGAUUCUGGAAGGCUCUCUCACGUACCCAUCAAUCACUGAAAGGGUGGAUGGCUGACUAACCCGAGCCAUCAGUUACUCACUGCCAGAAC